AUGGUGUCGAGUCACGAUACAGAAGUGGAUGGAAUCACUGCAUUCUCGACAUCGCCUGCGACGUCUUAUCGCUACAUCCUCCGACUCAAAGACGACAAAUUGAGUAUUUGGAUGGAAGAUCGAACCAGCAAAAAGCAAUGGAGCAAGAGUGGGGUGACCAAAGAAGAUUACGUGACAUCGGCCAAUGCAAUUUCAGAUGCAUCGGCAAACGAUUACUUGAAGCUGUUCCAAAACGCACUUGAUGGUGAACCGGAUGAAUCGAGCGAUGCCCAGUGCACGUUGGAAGUGCUGAGUGGGGAUGCUUGUCAACUGGUGGUUAGCGUCAAGUUUCGCAUCCUACGCUCACUUCAACAAAAAAAUGGCACAACUAAAAAGCUGCAGUGGAGCGAUCCCGAUUCGGACAACUUCACGUUGGAUCAUGGAACUGGCGAGAUCUCGAUUCGUCAACCUGGAGCUUACAGCAUUACAGUUGUUGUGAAGACUGGCUCAAAUCAAGGCAUCUCUAUUCGGAAGAACGAAGAGUGCAUCUAUUCGGGCUCGAAUUCUGGCUACCAUAAUUCCUUGACUGCUAGCACCAUUGCCCGGUUUGAUGCGAACGACAGACUGGCUGUUACCGUCAACACUUUGACUGGCACUUCUCACCUGUUAAUCGAGCAAAUUGGGCGCUGA